UAAAAAACCGAAGCAGCGUCACACUUUGUCACGACGUCCCAUACUCUGGGGGUUGAACGACUUAUAUAUUCAUCUUGGAAGUAUUUGUAUUGCUUUGACGAUUUUUAUAGGUAUAGCCCUGUAGUACAAACUUCUUGCGACUAACAAAAGGAGCACGCGGAUCCUCAGAGGCUAUUUCUGGAGAUCGAAAAAAUAUACAUCGAGUAUUUUCUGAACCAGUUCUCAUUAGUGGCGGUUGGCGUCACGGUACUAUUUGAUCCUUGUAUAAUUUGAAUACCCUCACUAGCAAAGUUCACUUGACAUCAAGAGCUUGACCUGAUUUAUCACCACUCAGCUAGUAUUAAUUUUCUAAAAAAAGUCGUUGAGGCACGCUGCAGUUGAAAAUGACGAAGACAGGCGCGACCCUCGGGCGUCGUCCGACGAAAAAUGGAGCACUGUUGUGCGUCGCAUUUCUCUUUCUGCAUCACGCGGAGGCGCUGAGCAUGAACCAGGGUACGAGGCGCCCAAGAGAGAGGUUUCUGGCGGCUUCCUGGAGCUGGAGUUGCAGCUUUUUACCCGGUGGCUGUAAAAGGCGCCGCACUGAUGCAACCGGGUCGUCAGGCGCCGGCGGUGCUGUCGGUUCCGCCUCGGAUGCAGCAGCGGCUAGUGCCACUAUUGCAGAACAAGGUGAAGUCGUUUCCGCAGGUGCGUCCUCUAGCGCUGCGGGUUCGGCACAGGCCACUGCUGAUGCACCCUCGUCCACAGAGAAAAAGCCGGGGUACAAAGGCGCGCCUUUGCAAUACCACCAGAUUUUGGGAAAAAACGGAGACUCGCCGCGCUGCCUCAACGGGGAACCCGCGGGCUACUUUACCGAAGUCGUAGACGACAAGGAGAAGCUUGCUGCCAAACUUGCGAACGGCUUGUUGAUCGAACUGGAGGGAGGGGGCUGGUGCGGGGACAAAGGCGGUGACGUAUUGACCGACUGCGCAGAGCGCGCGGGCAAGACGUGGAAAACAGGGGAAACAGGGUACGGCAGCGCAGUGCCGACGUCGUGGGAACAGUUCGACCGUAAAGCGAAAGUGAUGGAAACAGUCGAGAGGGAGAACCACACGCGCUACGCCUUCAAGGAUUCGUGGGCGGAGCGUUUCUUCUACGUCUACGUGCCAUACUGCGACGGAACGGCGUUCACUGGCGAUUUGAAGGAUCCGGUAACGGCCACCGAUGGUACUGAGAUGCAUUUUCACGGCAAACGCAUCCUGGACAGUGUCAUGGCGGAACUCGCGGACCGUUUCUUUGCGCCGCCGUUUGUGCGCACGAUCGAGACCCUCCCGCCGAAGGAGGAGGCAGUGCCAAACGAGUACUAUCUCGGAGCUGGAAACGGCAGUGCGGCGCGCGUGAUCUUGUACGGGCAUUCCGCCGGAGGCCUGGCCACGUUCUACGCGAUUGACCGAGUAAACGCCAUGCUGCAGGAGUAUUGGACCGCCGCCCACCAAACUCCCGAGGUCAGCAUGGAACCCAAACCGCUUGUUGUGCGCGGUGCGUCGCAGUCUGGAUUCUUUGUUCAGACACCGGCAGUGUUUGGCGAUGGAAAUACUGAAAAUGUCUUUGGUAGGUCGAUGGAGCGGCUGAUGGAAGCGGUCAACGGUUACGAUUCUUUGAACGACAAAUGCCUGCAAAAGUUUCCAGACGACAAGAAGAAGUGUUUGCACCUCCAGUAUUUCGGCGACCUGCUUGAAUCGCCGAUGUUCGUCAUGCAGAGUAAGUACGACCAGUCAGAAAUCGACUACUUUUUGACUGCCAAGUGCGCCUUUUGGUCGAACGAAGUCUGUGUCAAUCCGCAAGUGCCGGAUUCUAUCGAAGAUAUUAAUAAUUAUGAUUGGCUUCCUGCCACUGGGAGCGACGUGAUCAAGUGGGUGCAGACUUUCCGGUUUCCUGGUACCCAGUCGACGAACAUAGAGGAACAGUGGUGGAAGAACUCGGCGAAUCCCAAACGUGACUACAAGGAUUGGAACCUGGAUUGCUGCUUUUUUCACGAGCUUGCCACGAUCAAGAAUCUGUUCCAGCUGCACAUGCACCAGAGCGAAAAGAUGACGCAGAAGCGCAACGAGCGCGGCCAGCCGCAGCACAGCCAUUUCUAUCUGGACUGCAUCGCACACACGGUAUUGGGUAUGGAUCCCAAGCACCCCUCCUCCCAGGUGAACGGACAGACGAUGGACGAGGCGUUCGUGCUCUGGGGAAUGGACGAGAAUGCCGUGGUGCAAGUCAUCGACGAAAAGGAGUGGAAGCCUUCCGAUGCGGAAAAGACGUGCGUUCGUGCGCCUUAAUAAGCGCCUCCACCGGAGCCAUCGUCGGACAGUCCGCUGCACGCUGAGGACUCACGGAGUUGCUCCAUUUAACUAUUAUUUUCAGUGUGAUGUGAAAAAAAAUGAAAACGACUAUACGGUCGAAGAAUAGCAACGCGCAGGUAGUCAAACCAGACUUCCGCGCGCCUUAUUACCGGGAAGAAUCAUAUUUGUUAUGUGGUAGAUGUAUGAUUUGUUAUUGAGCCGUCCCCAAUCUUUGAUGUGUAAAAAAAGUAAAUCACUAUUGUUAAAACGAAAACUACCACACAAAACGGAAUCGCACUGCGCCAAACACUGAGUUGACGACGACUUCAGCGGUCUACUAGCAGUGAAUAGCAAAAAACGGGUAGUCAAACCAGACUCCCGCUCGCCUUAUUUGUCGACCUUGGAAAACCAUAUGUGUAUGUGUUACUGUUAUCAGGUGAAGCACAUGAAUCGGGUGUUGGUAGAUGUAUGAUUUAGGUCAUCAUUGAGAACCCAAAUAACUUAGAUGUUUACAGUGAACUAAAAAAAUCAUUUUCAAACGAAGAUGCGAAAAGGACAUGCAACGAAGCACACACCGCGCAUUAAAGGGUGAAGUUUUUCGCGGCUGGGUAAUCAGUUGAACCAGGAACGCGGUUCGUGGUUGCCAGCUCGCGCAAAAAUCAAUAUUAAGAAACGAAUUGGACGGGGUGGACAUUGAUUGUACCGCCUACCUCCUAUUCCGAAACAAAAGUAGAACGCAACACGAUAUCUGAACACAUAAUUCUACUACAUGAUCGUGAUAAUUCACGAUGAUAACACUAGGGCCUAUCUUUGGCACUGCGUACAUUCAGAAGUUGCACGAGCGCGAGGACUUCCAUGUUGAUGUUCCUCGUGCCGUCUGCUAAUACAGGCACGCACUGAAUAUGUCUCCGUAUAAGUACAGAGAAAUGCGGUAGUCGCGUAGUCUCGAUGAUGAAGCGUGUGUUUUUAUGGUCCUGGCUCGCCUGAUAGUGUUUUCUUUUUCUUCAACACUAUCAAAGAACGCAUUGUUUUUAUGCUCUGAGUGCUAACAUUGGUGGAAAGAAGGAGGAAACAUCAUGUAGUUCAUAAAAGCAUACAUAGCAUGCACUUCAUGAUUGAAUACCGGAAUUAUCCGGUCUUCUGCAAGAC